AGCAAAAUCAAAGUUGACAUUUACCAGCAGAAAAUCGUGUGAGGUUAAAUUAACAUCUGCAGCUGCAUUUAUCCCUAAAAUUUCAAAAUUUUAAACUUUCGCAAUGAGUAAUUUAACAAAAUCUGUACUUCGUUUCGGCAACGGUUUGAUUGCUGCCAACUCAAACAACGCAUUGAAAAAUGUUUUCGGUAAACGUGAUUUCACUCGCACGCUCUGGCACAUGUGCAAGAAUCCAGAAGUUUCUGGUGCCACCACCAAUGUCUUGAAUGUGCACAAGCCCAGCUUAAGCUGCAGCUGCGGUUGCGGUGGAGUAAAACAUUUGCACACCAAAGGCGAAAGGGAACUUGUGGAGUUCCUGACUGAAGAAAUAUUGGCGGAACGCAAAGCGCAAAAAAUCAAAACUAUUCCCACAACAAUAGAUGGAUUCAAUGUUAAGCUGGAUGGCGCCGAUGUUGAGUUAACCAAGACGAGUGAUAAGGAAAAAAUUGUCAUUAACUUCAAUGUCAACCACACUGUGGAUACUGAAGACGAACCUGAGUUGGACCCCAACGCGGAAAAGGCUGAAAUCGGUGAGAUGCGCAGUAAACCACGUUUUGAAAUUGACAUCGUUAAGGGCAACACAACCCUUUCAUUCACAUGCUCCUUCUUGGAAGGUACUCCACAAGAGGGCGAAUACAAUGACAUUUUUGGCAUUGAUGAGAUAUGUAUCUACCAAGGUGAAUGGAACGAUAAGGUUUAUGCUGUGGCCGGUGAUGUGCUCGAUGGCUACCUUUAUGACUUGCUGAUGAAUCUCUUGGAAGAGAAAGGUGUUAGCAAUGAAUUCGUUGAAAAACUUUCAGAUUUGGCUACUGCUUUCGAGCACAGUUCAUACAUCGGUUUGUUAGAAAGCCUUUCGAAGUUUACUUCUGGCAAAUAAAUGCUGCAUCUCUGCCAAUAAAUGCUGCACAGCGUUUAGUUACCAGUUCAUACAUCCCUAAGUGACAUAAAAUUUACGCUUAAAGUAUAAGAAUUAAUCACAUGAAGUGCAAAUCGAACAGGCAAACCAUAUUUUAUUUUCUGGAAGCUGCAUUUUCGUGUUAUGUAACUGUUAUAGCGACAUUGUAGAUCUUAAAUGUUUGCCAAUUUUUUUAUGUGGCCUAAUACAGUUUAAGUAUUGUUGAAUUAUUUCUUUGUUUUUAAUAAAUUGAUUUUUCUCAGAGCUA